UCGCACCCCCACCCCCACCACCAAAGCAGGAUGGUGCAGAAAUCGCGCAACGGAGGCGUGUACCCGAGCGCGUCGGGCGAGAAGAAGCUGAAGGUGGGCUUCGUGGGUCUCGAUCCCGGCGCGCCGGACUCCACCCGCGACGGCGCGCUGCUCAUCGCGGGCCCCGAGGGCGGCAGCAAGCGCGGCUCCAUCCUCAGCAAGCCCCGCUCGGCCGUCUCCGGCAAGCCGCCCAAGAGGAACGCCUUCUACCGCAAGCUCCAGAAUUUCCUCUACAACGUGCUCGAGAGGCCCCGGGGCUGGGCGUUCAUCUACCACGCUUACGUUUUUCUUCUCGUUUUCUCCUGCUUGGUGCUCUCCGUCUUUUCAACCAUCGAGGAAUAUGAAGACAGUUCUGAAGGCGCCCUUUACAUUCUGGAAAUAGUCACCAUUGUGGUCUUUGGUGUGGAGUAUUUUGUAAGGAUCUGGGCUGCUGGCUGCUGCUGCCGAUACCGCGGCUGGAGAGGAAGGUUGAAGUUUGCCCGAAAACCCUUUUGUGUCAUCGACAUCAUGGUGUUGAUUGCCUCCAUCGCUGUGCUGGCUGCUGGUUCCCAGGGGAAUGUCUUUGCCACCUCUGCGCUCAGAAGUCUGAGGUUUCUGCAGAUCCUGCGCAUGAUCCGAAUGGACCGCCGAGGAGGCACUUGGAAGCUUCUCGGGUCGGUGGUGUAUGCGCACAGCAAGGAGCUGAUCACUGCCUGGUAUAUUGGUUUCCUUUGCCUCAUUCUAGCCUCCUUCCUGGUGUACUUGGCUGAGAAGGGAGAAAACGAUCACUUUGACACCUAUGCAGAUGCACUCUGGUGGGGCUUGAUUACACUGACUACCAUUGGCUACGGGGACAAAUAUCCGCAAACCUGGAAUGGGCGCCUCCUUGCGGCAACUUUCACCCUGAUUGGCGUUUCCUUUUUCGCUCUUCCAGCUGGUAUACUAGGUUCUGGGUUUGCGCUGAAGGUUCAAGAGCAGCACCGUCAAAAGCACUUUGAGAAGAGGAGGAAUCCUGCAGCGGGCCUGAUUCAGGCUGCAUGGAGGUUCUAUGCCACAAACCUCACUCGAACCGAUUUGCAUUCGACUUGGAAUUACUACGAGAGAACCGUGACCGUCCCCAUGUACAGCUCACAAACGCAAACCUAUGGGGCUUCCAGGCUCAUCCCGCCUUUGAAUCAGCUCGAGCUCUUGAGGAACCUGAAGAGCAAAUCUGGACUGACUUUCAGGAAAGAACAGCAGCCGGAGCCAUCUCCAAGUAAAAGCAAUCCGUCCAGAAAGUCACUUUGUGGAUGCUGCUCAGGAAACUCUAGUCAAAAGGUCAGCUUGAAAGAUCGUGUCUUCUCCAGCCCUCGAGGUGCGGCCACAAAAGGUAAAGGUUCUCCUCAGGGCCAGGGGAUACGGAGGUCGCCCAGUGCGGACCAGAGCAUCGAAGACAGUCCCAGCAAAGUGCCCAAGAGCUGGAGCUUCGGAGACAGGAGCCGAGCCCGGCAAGCUUUCCGCAUGAAGGGAGCCACAUCCCGUCAAAAUUCAGAAGAUGCCUGCCUCCCUGGAGAAGACAUGCCUGAUGCCGACAACAAAAGCUGCAACUGCGAAUUUGUGACCGAGGAUCUGACACCGGGGCUUAAAGUCAGCAUCAGGGCAGUGUGUGUCAUGAGAUUUCUGGUUUCCAAGCGGAAGUUCAAGGAGAGCCUGCGGCCCUACGAUGUCAUGGACGUCAUUGAGCAGUACUCAGCGGGACAUUUGGAUAUGCUUUCCAGGAUCAAAAACCUCCAGUCCAGGAUAGAUAUGAUUGUCGGUCCCCCGCCCCCUUCAACUCCCCGGCAUAAGAAGUAUUCAACCAAAGGAUCACCCCAAUACUCGCCUAGAGUUGACCAGAUUGUUGGGAGAGGGCCGUCAAUGACAGAUAAGGACCGAACCAAAGGCCCAGGUGAAGGGGAGCCUCCUGAAGAUCCAAGUAUGAUGGGCAGACUUGGAAAGGUGGAAAAACAGGUCCAGUCCAUGGAGAAGAAGCUGGACUUCCUGGUCAACAUCUACAUGCAACGGAUGGGGAUCCCACCGAACGAAACGGAAGCCUACUUUGGGCCGAAGGAACCUGACCCAGCACCGCCCUACCACAGCCCAGAAGACAGCAGGGAGCACAUUGACAAAAACGGUUGCAUCAUCAAGAUCAUUCGCUCCACGAGUUCGAUGGGACAGAAGAAUUUCUCUGCACCUCCUGCCACAACAGUGCCAAACAACUCAUGCCCUCCUUCCACUUCUUGGCAGACAUAUCAACGGCAAAGCCACGGGACCUCCCCGGUUGGCGAUGCUGGUUCUUUGGUGAGAAUCCCACCUCCACCUUCUCACGAGCGCUCCUUCUCUGCCUACGGGGGUGGGAACAGGGCCAGCGCUGAGUACGCAAGGAACGAAGACAUUACAGCUAAGCACCCAGAGAGUGCUCUGAGGGACAGCGACACCUCUAUUUCUAUCCCAUCAGUCGACCACGAGGAACUGGAGCGUUCCUUCAGCGGGUUCAGCAUCUCGCAGUCCAAAGAAAAUUUGGACGUCCUUAACAACGGUUGCUACACUGCUGUGGCCAAAAUCAGACCUUACAUAGCAGAAGGGGAGUCAGAUACGGAUUCUGACCUCUGCACACCCUGUGGGCCUCCGCCGAGGUCAGCAACCGGUGAGGGACCUUUCAGUGACAUGGGCUGGUCAGCUCCUAGGCAGUGAAGGAAAAGAAAGCCACCUGAACACAACUUCAAGAGCAUGGGGCAAUGAUGCUGUCCACAUACCGGACAACUUCAGGAGACUGGGAGCUAAUGUUCUGCAACCCAGAAAUUGUGGGUGUUUUGCCACAGCUUGGUCCGGGGUGGUGGGAGCAGAAGCUACGCCUGUUCUCUCCAAAAAACCGAGAGGGGGCAUCGUAGUGAAUAAUUUUGAAAUGUCUGGAUUUCUUUCAUACCAUCUUUCUAAACUAGAUAGAUGAAACUGUGAUCUUACUCCAGGGUAGGUAGCUGUGACUCUUGGUAAUCUUUUAAGCUAAGAGGGCACACGCAUCACUAAGACAGUGGUUGAGCAAUUGGUGAGACAAUUUCUUCUUCUUUUUACUAAGAGUAGGCAAUGGCACUGAGCUAUCAGGUCACACACA